UUGGGAUUUUGGCGUAAUUUUUUAUUUUGGUUUAUGACAUGCCAUGGUAAACGAAAUACUCUGGACUAAUAAAGUAUAACUAGUUGAGGUAGAACUGAAGAAUUGGCCUAAUGUGAUUGUUUCUGCUUGUAAGAAGAGAGCGCGAGCGGGUAGAUGAAUAAAUAAGAACGUAAAGUGAAUGCGAUAGAAGUGAACAAAAAGGGUACAGGAAAGACUUCAAUAGAAACCAGCAAUGAAAUCAAAGCAGUAGUAAAUAAAGAGGACAAGUAUAAAAACAUGACAUAAUGUCUUGAUUAAUUUUCCAACCUUUAGACUUGCUAUUACUUCUACAUACAAUACCCUCCUUUUACCAAAGCCUACUUGUGUAGAGACUUACAAACCAAUAACCGAAGCUUCCCCCGUGGAUUGAAGGAUCUCUUUAUCAUGUCGCGUCCGCUUGGUGAUAUAAACGUAUAUGAACGUCUAAAGAAAGAACUAGAAGAAGAACAAAAGCACGAAAAACUUAGCAAAUCUCGCAAAACAUGUGUCAACAAGUGUUUUUGUUCGUGUAUGGCAAUAUUAAUAUUUCUUAUCUUUAUCCUUCUUGUUAACUUUUCCUGGUCUUUCCAACGCCCGCCGGUAUACGAUGGAAAUGUCGAUCAUUGUCAACACUCGUUGAAGACAUUUAGCCUUUUAGUGAACCUUGAUAUCACAGGGCUCGAAUGCCAAGCAACAAAUUUAGCUCCUAUGUUGACAAAGAACAACAUAGAGUAUACCUCGUCAUUACCAGAUGUUUCGGUGUUCAAUAAAAUUGACAAAGAAAUAAAACGGCUUCAAAGGUAUGAAGAUCAAUCUCAUACCCUUGCCCGGAACAUUACGAUUAGAAGAUGCGAGAUAGAAUACCGGUUAAACUGGUAUUUAAGCAUUAUGUCAUCAAGUGCUAGCUGGUACAUGAUCUUGCAACGGAGGGCUGCUGCCGUGGAGCUAGAAGCUCUAGCUUUAGUAACGGAUAACGAGGCAUCAAUGACAUAUCAGCACUAUGUAGAAGUGGAGAAGGACAUGGCCGAAAUGCUGGAGGGUCUCCAUCAAAAGCAGGAGGAAUUCUGCGCCAUCGUAAGCAAUAUUCAGGGUUACAUGGUGUAUUCCCGGCAGCUGCUGAAAAAAACCAAAUCGUUUGAAUGGGCAAGCGGGUUUUGCUCUAUUGCAAAAGUAGGGCUAGAAUCAUGGCGUACUUGCAAGGAAAUGACCCAGGGGAAGCAUAACAAUGCCAUGGACUCACUUAACUGCCUUGGUUCUUUACCUCAUCAAAGCGCGGCGGGCUAUUUCCGAUGGUCAUAUGAGAAGUUCGCAGACAAUGCUAGAGUAGCACGGGCACGGGCUCGGGCCAGGGUUUAACAUGUUGAAAACCACAUGACAACAUUAUGUUAGGUACCUACAUAUGUAAUGUAUUGACAUUAGUCCGUGGCUCAUGAGUGGCACUGUGCACUCACA